CCAAAACUGUUCCCAUCUUCGGAUCACCCAACACCUCCCUUUUCGAAAGUUUUUAUAAAUGGUGCCCUAACUUUACCCGUGUCCGGCCAUAAUUUCUUUCGCAAAUCUUGUUCAUUUUGAUCCAAAAUCAGAUCUCUUAUCCAGAUCCUUAAUUCCAUCUGUUAUUCUUUCAAUUUGAUCUAUUCUCUAUUGAUCGAUUCGAAAUUUUUUUUCCUCAUUGUGGCCGGAUUCGGUUAUUGGAUUAGGGCUUCGAAGAUCUUUUUGAGGGUCUUCGAUUUCGAGAGGGGUUUAGUAGUUUGAUCUUCAAUAUAAGAUUUUAUCUUUAUCUACUUUCGUCCAAUUCGAUCUGGGUGGGUGAUUAUUUUUUUUGUUCUUUUAAAAUUUUGACGAUUUAUUGUGACCAUUUAUAUUUUUGGAAUUUCUUCCUUUCUUUCAACAAUUCUUGUAUGCUCUAAUUUUUUCCGCCGGAGACAAGUUUGGAUUCUUUGGCAUCAUCGUUUUCGUCCAUUCUGUGCUAUCUAUCAAUUUCUCGGCGACGAUUUCGCGGGUGAUAUUAUUUCCCCUGAGCUGCAGGUGAGUAUGGUUCACAAGCGGCCUUUUGGUGACGAUAAUUCUCUUGAUGUUGUUUGUAAGUACGCAAGACUAGGGGAGCAUCCCGGUCAGCUUGGUUCAACUAUCCCUUCUAGUGAUGCACCCCAUGAAGGUCAAGCAUCAGGUGUGGACUUCUAUACUAAGGUUCAAGAUGAAGGGAGGCUGGGAAGUGCCUCAGUUCCUACAAUUUCAAAUGCGACUGACAGGGAAUUUGACAAUAGUUCUUCUGCCUGUAUUCCUCAUUUCUUUGUGGUUAAUAACAGAGUUCCUAAGUCAGAUGCAACAUUUCGUCUAUCAUUUUUUCCAGAAUUUUUGGAACAUGGAGACAAACUAAAGGCUUUAAUUCAGUCGGAUGAGAUCCUUUCAUCUGUUAUUGAUCAUCCUCCUCAGAUUUCUAUUGGACCAGAGCAUCAAGCUUAUGUUCCAGAGUGGCGCCCACAGGGUUGGACUAGCUCCUCUGACAAGUUGGAUGGAUCAGAUCCUCAAGGUCCUGUUGCACAAGCGCUUGAUAAUGAUGAUGAUGAUGAUGGUAGCAUGGAGAAGCUGAUGGGUAAUUGUAUCAUUCCUAUGCCUGAACUGGAAGCAUCAGCAAGAUGUUACCCUCAAGAUGGGGAGACAAAAAGUGAUUGUAAGUGCACUGAUAGGGGUUCUAUCAGAUGUGUGGGACAACACGUCAUGGAAGCAAGACUGAAACUCAGGGAGAAUCUUGGAUCUGAUAUAUUUGGGGAACUAGGUUUUUGUGAUAUGGGGGACGAGGUUACGAAGAAAUGGACUGUAGAGGAAGAGGAAAGAUUCCAUGAGGUUGUCCUUUCUAAUCCAGAAUCUCUAGGCAAGAACUUUUGGGACCAUUUCUCUGCUGUUUUUCCUUCCCGAACAAAGAAGGAUAUGGUCAGCUAUUAUUUCAAUGUCUUUAUGCUUCGGAAACGUGCUGAACAGAACCGAUUUGACCCACAAAACAUCGAUAGUGAUAAUGAUGAGUGGCAAUUAAGUGUCGUUGGAGUAAUGGAAGAAGACGAAGACUCAAUAGUGGAAUCUCCAACUAUUAUUGAUUCUCCCGCUUUGCAGGACCCUGUGGGGCAUUGCCAUGGAAAGUUUGAAGUGAAUGAUGAAAAUGAAACUUCUAAUGACGGUGCUGAUAUUGGUGCUCAUCGAAUCGCAUAUGAUGAAGACUACGAGGGAGAUGUUGAAGAUAUUUCAGUUUCACAUGUUGGGGUUUCUGCGGGUGAUGAUGGCUGUCAGCAUUUUGGUAAUUUUAAACGAAGCAAUGGCGAUAAUAAUUAUAUUGAAGAUGACUCAUGCACUUCAUUUGAGUUUCAGCAAGACAAGGUUGAUUGCUGCGGAGCUCCUGACAUAGGGACUGAUGCAAAACAGUUUGAUCAGGAGUGAUACGGUGGGUGAGUACAUAUUUGUUCUGGUUCGUUUGUAAAUUUUGUUAAAGUUAGAUGUUUGGAUGUUAAUGUGACAUGUGAAAGGAGCUGAUAUUGUUACUGAUUGCUUGUGGAAUGUAGAGAAUUACAGAGGGAAAUUUUAGUGCUGAUACUAGCAAAACUAAGUUGUUGCGGCUGGUGAAUUUAGCGAAUGGAAGGCCUUUUGAGUGUCUGAUUGUUCUGUUAGACAAAAAUAAAAUCCUGUAGAUGUGUAGGAAUGAGUCUGCUCAGGAAAAUAAAGAGAGCAGCCCAUGUCAACCGGGUUGAAGGCGGGUUGUUCAGCGGAGUCUCAAAUUGUAUUUUUUUGUGUUGGUAAUGUUUGUUACUUGAUGCGAAAUUUUGUUCUCUAUUUAUUUGUAUACAUUUUCUGUAGUUUUUUGUGUUUGGAUUCGUCUGUAAUCUGUACUGACUUUAAGUUCAUUAAGCUGGUAUGACCAUUUUAGAAAUGUAACAUUUAGAUUUUAGCCA